UGCUCUAACCGGACGUGUGCUACCUCUUCUUCCGGCGAGAGGCGAAGCGCGGGUCGGUUGCGGCAGAAGGAGCGAAGCGGCGGCGAGGGGGGAUAUCGAGCGCCAUGAGUCUGCUAAACAAGCCGAAGAGUGAGAUGACUCCUGAGGAGCUUCAGAAGAGAGAGGAGGAGGAGUUUAACACAGGGCCACUCUCUGUUCUGACACAGUCCGUGAAAAACAACACGCAGGUCCUUAUCAACUGUCGCAACAACAAGAAGCUGCUUGGCAGAGUCAAAGCCUUUGACAGACAUUGCAACAUGGUGCUAGAAAACGUCAAAGAAAUGUGGACUGAGGUACCCAAGAGUGGGAAAGGCAAGAAGAAGUCCAAACCAGUUAACAAGGACCGAUACAUCUCCAAGAUGUUCCUCCGAGGGGAUUCGGUGAUUGUUGUUCUUAGAAAUCCAUUGAUUACUGGCAAAUGAAAUGGCUGCUUUUGUGAGAAUUGUAACUUAUGACACUGAGUGGAAAAUUCUAAACCAAUAACAAGCCUAGUUCUUUUAUUUUGUUUCUUAAGUCGGGCCCUGACAUUGCAUUUUUGUUGUGGACUUUACUUUGUAAUAAAAUGCAUUUUGUGUA